GCCCUCCUUUUCUUUUUCCUCUUUUUUAUAUUCAGCUUUAAAUACAAGAAAAGUGGAGAAGCAGUGUAUUUGUUGUUCUCUAUUUCUCGCAAUCCCGCCAUGGAAGCCACACUUUUCAGCUCGACUUGCUUUCUUCCCCAGCCCGUCCUCAGAAAGUCUGCCAAGAUUAGAGGUUCUGAUCUCCGAUGCCGGUGUCCCUGUUUUUCUGUAUCUUAUCCUGCCAUUAGAACAAACCCUAUAGAAUUGAGUAGAAGACAUUUCAUGUUUCUAGAAAGACCUUUUCUUUCAAAAUGGAAUGAAAGAUUCUCUGGCAAUUCCUCAAAUCAAUUCCAUAGGAACUGUAUGAAUGUUGAUGGCACAUCUGCACAAUCUCUAAAUGUUAAGGCUAUUUCACCAAUGCUAAAUGAUGAGGCAAAUGUUCUCAGUUCACAUGAAAUAAGCAAGCAUGAGAAUCUGAACUCUAGACCUAAAAUGUUUAGAAAUCGGUUUCUGGAUUUUGUGCGUUUUGGUUCUGUCCUCAAUAAUGCUGCUGAAUCAUUUUUCAAGAGUGAGAUACGGCGGAGGUUGUUUGUGACAGCACUACUAAUUAUUAUUAGUCGUGUUGGUUAUUUCAUUCCUCUCCCUGGGUUUGAUAGAAGGUUGAUACCUCAAGAUUACCUCAGCUUUGCCUCAGGAUCUGCAGAUGAACUUGGGGAUUUUACAGGAGAGCUUAAAUUGUCCCUUUUCCAGCUUGGUGUUGGUCCUCAAAUCAUAGCAUCAAUCAUUAUGCAGGUGCUUUGUCAUGUUGUUCCUUCGUUGGUAAAGCUACGUAAAGAAGGCUUAGAUGCUCAAGAGAAGAUUAAGAGUUAUAUAUGGUGGAUGUCUCUUGGAUUUGCAAUAUUGGAGGCUCUGAUAGUAUCUUGUUAUUCGCUUCCAUAUUCAAUCUAUGUAGCCAGCCAUAGAGUCAAACAUGUGAUCGUAACUUCAAUUUUCUUGGUUUGUGGUGCAAUGACAAUAACGUGGAUUUGUGAUACCAUCUCAGAAUCUGGAUUUGGUCAAGGGUCAAGUCUAAUUAUAUGUGUUGGAAUACUGACGGGCUACACAGAAAUGUUGCACAAUAUGUUGUCUCGGCAGUCAGGCAUUAUUAUGAGCUGGGGUCCAUAUGUAUUAGGUUUGCUGGGUGUUUUUACCCUGGUCACUAUGUGGGCAGUUGUGGUAACUGAGGGUUGCAGGAAAGUAAAGCUGCAAUACUAUGGUUUUAAACUUGCAUCGGCUGCUAGAGAUGACUCUCCAGUCACUGAAGUGGAGCCUUAUAUUCCUUUUAAUAUCAACCCAGCUGGAAUGCAGCCUGUUCUUACCACUAAUUAUCUGUUGGCCGUCCCCAGCAUUCUUGCAAGUCUUCUUAGUUCGCCUUUUUGGGAGCACGCCAAGGAGAUAUUGAAUCCUGAAACUUCUAUUGGUGCUAAACCUUGGGUGUACUACUCAAUAUAUGCAUUUUUCGUCUUUCUAUUCAAUAUAUUUGACAUUGCAAACUUGCCUAAGGAAAUUUCUGAUUACUUGAACAAGAUGGGUGCCCGGAUACCAAAUGUAAAACCUGGGAAGGCUACCAUUGAAUACCUCACAAAGAUUCAGGCAUCAACACGAUUCUGGGGGGGUGUGUUGUUAAGUUUUUUGGCAACGUCAUCAACCAUACUUGAUCAUUAUUUACGCCGCAUCAAUGCAGGAUUUGCAAUUGGGUUUACAUCGAUCUUAAUCAUUGUGGGUUCUAUUAUUGAAUUGAGAAGAUCAUAUCAAGCAUACAAUGUGAUGCCAAGUUUAAGUAAAGCUUUAAGGCGAUAUGGCGUAUAAGAUCCAAAGAUGCAGUCACAGUGAAGGUUGUGUAUUUGUUAUCUUGCACAAUGUGUAGCUGAGAAACCCAGUUUCUUGUUACAAGUUGGGGUCUCUCUUGACAGUACUGAGAUUUACAAUCCUCCAAUUGAUGUCUUGAUGAGCAUCAAAUGUUUUUUCGCUGUGUAGUAUCUUCUCAACAAGAGUUUUCUAUGGACAUUUCAGUGGCUGGUGUUGCAGCAGAGGAGAUAGAAGCAAAAAAGCAGGUUCGAAGAUAGGGCAAUAGCUUUUAAACAUUACAUGAUUAUGCUUUAGAUAGAAGAUAGAAUAAAUUCAGUUGAUUGUAGAUCAAUGCAGCUGACUUAGAACGGAAGCAUAGGACACAAUGGACACCAUUUUUUAGUGUUCUUAUAGUACUAAAAACACUAUAAUACAAAACAUUCCUAUGCUUGGUUUUUGGGCACAUUAUAGGACGAUGUGUAUCGGAGACGAAGCAAAUUUUGUUACAUCAUAUGUCGUUAAUAUAUAUACAGACCAUGUUUUUUCC